ACUGGCCCCUCCAUCCUCCCGGCAAAAGAAGAACAGCACGCCUGGGUCUUCUCCAGCGCCGGCGGUGCCGCGACAAGCCCCUCACCAGCGGCCGCCAGUUCCCGCUCCUCUCCCCGAACGGAAAACCCUCCCCGCGGCUCCCCGGACGCCACCACUUGCUCGCGUCGUCCCCAUGCCUCCGCCCUGCGGCGUCCUUCGCCACACGCGUACACGGUACACCGCGUGGGUUCGUCCAGAUCCUCGCCGCCUAGACCUUCCUCCGCGGAGCACUUCCAUGCGGUGUCCACCAAGCUCGGCUUCGCGUCCACCGUCUUCGCCGGCACCGCUAUGCUCAACCUGUACUGCCGCUCCAGCCGCCUACGCGAGGCUCAGCAGCUGUUCGACGAAAUGCCUGAAAAGAGGGGCGUCACCUGGAGCACGCUCAUAUACGGGCAUACGGCCACACGCGAUCCCACACUCCUGGCCUCGCCGUGGAGACGUUCGCCGGCAUGGUGCGUGCAGGGCGUGUCCAGCGUUCUGGUGGCCUGUGCGAGGAUGGAGGAUGCGGGCGCCGGAGCGGUGCUGCACAGUGUUGCCGUCAAGUACGGCAUCUGUGGUGGUAACGUCAUCGUGGGGACUGCGUUGGUGGACAUGUAUGCCAAAUGCCAUGAUAUGCCUGCCACACAGCAGGUUUUUCAGGAGAUGGAAGAGAAGAAUGUGUCCACUUACACGGCUAUUAUCGGCGGGUUCGCCUCAGUCACAAGACCUCGUGACGCCAUGGUGCUGGUCAAGGAGAUGGAACAGUCAGAGGUAGCACCAAACAUGAUGACAUACAGUAGCCUUCUCAGCUCGUUCGCGAAUCCCGGGGACCUAGAUCACUGGAGGCAAGCACAUUGUGCUGUUCUAAAGAGGGUCUCAAGCACAAUCCAUAUGUUCCGUCCACUCUCAUGACCAUGUACUCCAGGUGUGGCAGCUUAGAGGGUUUCAGGAAGGUGCAGAUGGCUGUUUCAUGGCAGGAUCAGGUGUCGCUCAAUUCUGUAAUCU